AUGCUGUACGAAUUGAUAGCAGUAGUUCGACCGGGCAACCUGGCCCACGUCAAAGAGAUCGCACGAAUCACCGGCCAGCAAAUCCUCGAUAACAAAGGCGUGAUCCGCGGAAUCAAAAAUUGGGGACAGUUCGACCUUCCACGACCGACGACGAAACAUCAAACGCAACACCACCGAGGCCACUAUUUCGUGAUGCAAUUCGACAGCUCGGUGAAGGUGCAGGAGGAGGUCCGGCGAUUGCUGCGUCUCGAUCCUCGCAUGAUCCGCUUUUCUGUGGUCAAAAUUGGGGACAAGCUGGGCGGCGUCAAUGGCGCGAUUGAGAACAUCACAGGCCAGAUACCUUGGAACAUGGGUUCGCAAAAUGCCGAUCUCGCAAACACCUUUGUUUCGUCGGGAGUAGCAAGAGCAGGUGGUUCAGGGUUCUUUUGA